CCACUUUCUGCAGUGCCUCAGGCCCCCCCCGUAGCGACUCCGGCCCGGCCAGCCCCGGCUCAUUUAAACUCACCAGCGACCGUUACCGGGGGAUGGGGGAGGCCGAGCGAGAGCCGAGUACCUCCGAGCGGGACACGGAAAAACCCGAAGUGGAGAGACGCGCGCGGGAGCCAGACGGAAAGACCCGAAGGAGACCGGAAAUGCCCGAGGUGAGUCGGCGGAGGAGAACACCGUUGCCGGAAGUUGUCGAGGAGUACCGGAGACGACCGAGCGUGAGCCAAAGCGGAUUCCCAGUGAUGGAGACCCAGAUUGCUUCCAAGUCCUGCCACCACAAAUCAUGAUAAGGUCCUACCUCCUCGGAAGAGCCCAAUAGGACAACAUGCCUCCCAAGAAGCCUGAGCCUAAGAAGGAGGUGGCCAAGCCAGCCACAGCC